AUGCAACCCCAUGCAGCGAACAGCCUUUCAUCCAACCAACACUUACAGACUCUACUCCACUCAUGCAACAGCCUCUCUCACCUCAAUCAAAUCCAUGCCCACCUCCUCAAAUCAUCCCUACAUCUCAACCCUUCAUUCGCGGCCCGCCUCGUCUCUCUCUACUCCUCUUUCAAAUCCAUCUCCAACGCUCGCUCCGUCUUCGACGCCGUUGAAAACAAUAACAUCUUCCUAUGGAAUGCUAUGAUCAAGGGAUAUUCAAUGUCCCACCGUACCCAUAAAGACGCCCUUGAGAUGUUCGGUCAUAUGCUUUCUGUAUAUGAUAGUGAAGAACCUUGCUGUUUGAUUCCCAACGAAUUCACCUUCCCUUACCUGUUGAAAUCCUGCGACUUUCUCGAAGAAGCUCGGCAGGUUCACGCCCAUGUAUGUAAGUCAUUCAUACAUUUGGGUGCGAAUGUUUUCAUAUGUGCUGCUUUGAUCGAUGCUUAUGAGCGAUGUGGUUCUGUAAAACUCGAUGCACAGAAGUUGUUCGAUAAAAUGCCUCAAAGAGAUGUGGUUUGUUGGAACACGAUGAUUUGCGGGUAUUCGAAAGCGGGGGAUUUUGAAAUGGUCCUAGCUCUGUUUCAGCGAAUGUUGGAGGAUACUAGUGUUGUGCCAUCAUCUACGACGGUUGUGAAUGUUCUGGGCGCGUGUGGGGAGACAGGGGCCAUUGUGCAAGGGAAGUGGAUCCAUCAAUUUGUGAGGAGGAGGGGGAAUGAGAUGAACAUCUUCGUCGAGACUGCUCUCGUUACGAUGUACUCGAAAUGCGGGGAUGUCUUGGCGGCACGUCAAGUGUUCGACUGCAGCCCAUGGAGGGAUUUGGUAUUGUGGAGCGCAAUGGUGGGCGGAUAUGGGAUUAAUGGGUGCGGCCGCGAGGCUCUAGAGCUCUUUCAUCUGAUGGAGAAGGAAGGUUUGAAACCUGAUGGUGUGACAUUCGUCUCGCUUCUCUCUGCGUGUAGUCAUGCAGGCUUGAUCGAUGAGGGCCUCAAUAUGUUCCAUUCGAUGAAAAGAUUAUAUGGGGUGGAACCGAAAAUGGAGCACUAUGCGUGUGUGGUGGAUCUUUUGGGACGAGCAGGACAGCUUGGUGAAGCAUUGAGCUUGAUCAAGGCCAUGCCCAUGGCCCCAGGAGCGAGUGUCUGGGGUGCUCUGUUGGGUGCAUGUAGAUUGCACAGAGACGUUCGAUUGGGAGAGAAGGCAGCGAAUGAGCUGUUCAAGAUCGAGGGUGAGAAUGGUGGGAAUUGCAUGCUUUUGUGCAAUAUCUACGCUGAGGCUGGGUUUUUGGCUGAUGCUUUGAGAUUAAGGAGGAAGAUGAGGAAGCAGAGGAUCACGAAGAGCCCUGGAUGCAGUUGUAUUGAGGUGGGGGAGAGGGUUCAUUGCUUUAAGGUGGGGGAUAGGGCCCACCAUCAAACAGUUAGGAUUUAUGAGACACUAGAGGGCCUGGCUCUUCAGGCAUUUGAUGAAGGUUUUAUGUUUCAGCCAGCUUCCUCACUCUCCUUGGAAUGA